AUGCCCAGCAGCAACGACACCAAUUCCCCCGAGCCUAACCUGCUGCUGGGCUCUGCGCUGCUGGCAGACCCUGGCACCAACACCAGCCUGCACGGGAUGCUCGUGGUGCCGACCACAGCCAAUCCCCUGGACGAGACCGAUUCUCCCGAGCCCGACCUGCUGCUGAGCUCUGCACCACCACCAGCGCCCAGCACCAAUGCCAGCCUGCACCGGGCACUUGCAGUGCCAACCACAGCUGAUCUGCAGGAUGAGACCGAUUCCCCUGAUCCUGACCUGCUGCUGAGCUCUGCACCACCACCAGCGCCCAGCAACCAUGCCAGCCUGCACCGGGCGCUUGCAGUGCCAACCACAGCUGAUCUGCAGGAUGAGACCGAGUCCGCUGAUCCCGACCUGCUGCUGAGCUCUGCACCACCACCAGCACCCAGCACCAAUGCCAGCCUGCACCGGGCACUUGUAGUGCCGACCACAGCUGAUCUGCAGGAUGAGACUGAUUCCCCUGAUCCCGACCUGCUGCUGAGCUUUGCACCACCGGUGGAGCCCAGCACACAGGCAGCACCCCAAAAAAGCAUCACCACCGUCUUCAGCCAGCUCACGUCGCUCAGCAAGGAGGGGACAGUGGCCAGUAGCAUGAACAGCAGCUCCUCUGCGGGGCCAAGCUCAGUGACCCCCCCAGCCCUUGGCCUCACCACCACAGGUUACAAGAAAGUCAAGAAAACCGGACCUCCCCCCGCACCGACUCGUUCAGCCCCUUGGGACCCCAGCAGGGUGAUGAGCAAGUGCCUGCUGGCCAUCCUGCUGCUGGCGCUGGUGGCUGCCACCUUCAUGGUGUGCACGGGGGUGCUGGGUACCCUGCUCUGGCGACGGGCACGGACGGCACACCGCCGGCUCAGCCACACCGAGAUGGUCUGCAUCUCUUCCCUGUUGCCCGACGGCGAGGUGGCCACCAACGGCCCCAAGCCCGGCCGGGCCCGGCGGCCAAAGCUGCUGCUCGAUGGCAGCUCUGAGGCUGAUGGUGACAACCUGACUCUCAGCAGCUUCCUGCCAGAGCAUUCCUGA